ACGAGUCCUGGAAGUCACUUCUCAUUAAUGCGAUAUGAUGGUGAAAAUGGAGGGAAAUUUCCCCCUUUUUUUACUCCAUCUAACUAGUUAGUUCUCCAUUACUCCUCCUCCUCAGACCAAAAUUCUCUCCAUAACUCUCUCCAUCAUGAGCAAUAACUAGUUAGUUCUCCAUUACUCCUCCUCCUCAGAUCAAAAUGGCUGAAAAGGACAUCAUCUGCAUUGUCUCUUCGCAGUAUAAAGCGGUAUUCUUGAAGAUUAAUUCUUCAACCACCAUCUUGGAUCUCAAGUUUGAUGCGGCAGAGAGGUUAGAUCUUCCAUACGAGUCAUUAAUUUUGGCAUACGAAGAUCAAACAGUUGGAAGCUUAAAAUUUCUCAUUGAGAACGAUGGUGAUCUGACGUCUAUGGUGGAGCAUUGCCACAAUCUUGGACUGAAAGAGGUUCACGUGCAAGCUUUUAAAGAAGGAGAUGAUUCUUCGAAUAAACAGGAAAACGAGCAAGUCCGACAAGACAUUUUGAAAUCAAAAAGUGUAGACUGUGGCCCGUCGGCGUUGUUGACCACAAGUGUUCCAGAUAAGAAUCCCAAUGAUAAUCCUUCCGGAGAUGAUGUCAUGACGAUUGAUGACAUGAUUAGCAGAUCAGAGAGGAUUCCUACUUGGUGGCACACAGCUUUAACCGGUGAUGGACAACGAUUUGAAAGUACGAAGGAGUUAAGAUUGGCCUUGCUAUACUACUCCAUGGCAAAAAAAACCCGAAUACGAGUUUGGGAAGAAUGA